AUGUCUGAUAUUGAGAAUAUACGAUCAUUAAUAGAGAAGUAUCCUAUUCAGCCUUUAAAUGAUGCAUUUAUUGUUUCAACAAGAUUUUUCAGACAAGUUGAAGAGCGAAAUGGAGAAAAUGAUAACACGAAAGUAAAUAAUAAAGAAUUAAUUAAACAAGGACAAUUAAAAAAGGAUAUAAAACAAGGUGAAGACUUUGAAGUAGUAUCUUUUGAAGUCUGGGACUACAUUUCAACUAAUUUUGGCGGUGGUCCAGAAAUAAAAGUUGCAGUUUUGCCAGAUGGUACAGCUGAGAUUGUCAAAUUACAACUAAAUAUUCAAUACAAAACAGCAAAAACGCAAAUUAUAAUAAGUAGAAAUAUGAAAGUCAAAUAUUUUAUGGAAAAAGUCAUUAAUUCUUUCCAUAUACCACGUAACCAAGCACUAGUGAUUCUCCCACCAAAUUCUACAACUCCUCUCGAAAUAAAAGAUACAAUUGGAGAAACAUUAGCAGGAUUAAGGAAUGUUGUAGUUGCAAUUGAUACAUCUGGAAUACCUGGAACAGUAGCAAUCCAGCCUACAAUGUCCGGACAAAAUCAACCGCCUCCACUUAAUUCUGAAAAAAAUUCUUCAAAACCAAAGCUUGGAAAACGUGCAAAAAGGGCCCUAAGAGCAGCCAAAUCGAAAGCUGUUCCAGAAAAACCUAAAGAAGAAGCGCCAGUCGUUGAAAAUCAGUUUUCUUCAUGUGAAUUAAAGCCACAUGGAUUACAUAACAUGGGAAACACUUGUUACAUGAAUUCUGCGUUGCAAUGUAUUCUUUCUCUUCCGAAAUUUAUUUACAAUUUGCCAAAAAUUAUAAAUGAGAGUGAUAAACCUGUUUUAUCCAAUUCAUUUGCUGAUUUUGUAUCAGGAUAUUUAUCAGGAAGUCCAGAACCAAGCAAAAUAAAGCGCGCUGUCGGAAGAGUUUGUCCAUUAUUUUCAUCAUUUGGUCAACAAGAUUCCCAAGAGUUCUAUUCCUUCUUAGUCGAUGGUAUGCAUGAUGAAUGUAAGAAGGAAUUGAAGAAUAAAUCAAUAAUGGACAAUUUAUUUUUCGGAUACAUGGAAUCCACCACGAAAUGCGCAAACUGUGGUGAAAUUUCCACUGUUGUAGAGCCAUUUACAACGCUUUCAUUGCCAAUUGCCAAAAAUAGAAAGAUUAUUUACAUUCCUCUUGAUAUAUCUAAGCCAAUGCUUAGAGUUUGCCAAGUUCCGACUGAUGUUAGCAUUCUUUUAGUUGCAAGAUCGAUGUCUGGUAUGAAAGUGGUCGAUCAAUUCGAUGAUGACGCCAUAGAUCAUCUUGCAUUCGAAAUUGAAGAGACAGGAAAGAAAAGAAUCCUUACAAAAAUGGUUGACCAAGAUCGUAAAAACAUAUGUCUACCUUUUGUAGUCUCAAUUGAUGACGAUUCCACUCAUGAUCAGAUUCUUGAUCAAAUUUGGGAAGUUGCACAGCAUAUGUGGCUUGAAAGCAAGCGAGAAUCUGUCAGAGCUUCACUUACAUUGGACCCAAGAACUCCAGAAUUCGAAGAUAUUGAAGAAUUCCAAAGAAUAACGAUAAUUGUCUCGGAAGAACAAGGAAUUCUAUCGAACAGAGUUAAGAUAUGUGAUCCUCCAUCAUUCACCAUCAAUGAUCUCUUGUUUAGCUUCACUUCUUCCGUUGUUUUGGAUUCAUCAAACCAAUGGAAGUGCGAACAUUGCAAUUCUAUGUCAUGUGCACGUAGAUACUUCAAGUUUAAGCAUCUUCCUGAUGUCCUGGCCCUUCAAAUCAAGAGAUUUAAUGGCAGAGGAAGGAAAUCUACAAGAGAUAACACUCCUAUUCAGAUUCCUUUGACUCUUGACUUGAAAGAUGAGCAUUGUGGUGAUGGAUAUCAGCACUACGAGCUCAGAAGUAUUUCGCAGCACUCAGGAACACUUUCUUUUGGUCAUUACACUGCAAUUGGAAAAAGAGGAGAGAAGUGGUACAGUUUUAAUGAUUCCUCAGUAAUUCCUACGACUCCUCCUGAUGGAACUUCCGCUUCUGCUUAUGUAGUUUUCUAUGCAAAACCAUUUUCUCCGCCAAAACCUGUAAUUCCUGAAAAUAUACCAGAAGAAAACCAAGAAAAUGAAGAAAACAAAGAACAAAAUGAUGGAAAUGAUAACGAAAAUGAGGAAAAGCCUGGUAAUAAUGAAAAUGAAAAAAGUAUUGAAGAAAACAAGGAACAAAAUGAUGAAAAUGAUAAUGAAAAUGAAGAAUAA